CUAUUACUACUUUAAUAUAAUAAAGUUAUUAAGCUACUACCAGCCUCAUAAUUUUAGUUAUUGCAGAACCAAGAGGGUAGGUACAGAGAAGAAAAGAAAGACCAAUGUGUAUUUCUGAGACACACUUGUACAUAAAAGUAUUAGACAUGGAUGAUGAUCCUCCAAAGAAAACUCAAAAGGAUUGGUUAGAAGGAUAGUAAGAGAACUAUGACAGAGCAGUGUGAUGAAAACCAAAAGAAUUUCAUUGAUAGGAACAUUCCUUUCAUGGGUACACAUCACAGCUCAUUCCUGUCUUAUUCUUAUUCUAGGUUCCCCCCCCCCCCCAUAUUCUUCUAUAGAUGUGCCAUAAGAAGAUCUACUCAGUAUAUUAGAGGGCUUCUAUGUAUUUUUGUAUUUGGGGUAAAGGUACGGAACAGGAUCAUUAAGUUCAGAGUUGGAAGGGGCCUUAGAGGUAUCUGGUACAACUUCCUAAUUUUACACUUGAGAAAAUUGAGGCUCACUGAGGUUGGACAUCUUGCCCAAGCCUACUGUGCUGAUCACCUCCUUCUUUUGAAGAAAGCCACUGUUACCGCAAACUUGAGUAGGCAGAGGAGAAAUAAAAUGGACGACAAUGGAAAGAACACAAGAUUUGGAGGCAGAUCUGGGAUUCAAUCCUGCUUCCAUCUCUUAUUGGAUCACCACCUUUGUGUGAGUCUGCAGGUAUUUUCCAAGACUGUGAGCAUGGAUUACUUGGCUCACACUGGCACACUCAGCUUGGCUGCUGGAGUUGUCUGUGGCAUAUGUUUGGGUUGGGGCCUCCGAGUUCGAUUUGGAGUGAUCCCCAAGACCUCCAAAGUGAGUGGUUCCAACCCAGUGCAUAAGAAAAGCCCCGAGGCUGAGACAGAAGCCAGCAUCUUGGGAGAAAGUGGGGAAUUCAAGAUGAUUCUUGUUGUCCGCAAUGACUUGAAGAUGGGGAAGGGAAAAGUGGCAGCUCAGUGUUCUCAUGCUGCUGUUUCUGCCUACAAACAAGUACAAAGGAGAAAUCCAGAGCUUCUGAAACAGUGGGAGUAUUGUGGUCAGCCCAAAGUGGUGGUCAAAACUCCUGAUGAAGAAUCUCUGACGGAAUUGCUUACUCAUGCCAAAGUGCUAGGACUGACUGUGAGUUUAAUCCAGGAUGCUGGGCGUACUCAGAUAGAACCAGGCUCUCGGACUGUCCUGGGAAUUGGACCAGGACCAGCAGAUUUAAUUGACAAAGUUACUGGCCAUUUAAAACUUUAUUGAGCUGAGUUUUGUAUGGUGGUGGGGUACAAGUAUACUUAGACCCAGUCUUAUUUUGUUCUAACAAUAAAAGACAACCAACCUGUUCUCUUAGUUUUUUAACUUCAGUGUUCUUGGGAUAAUAAUAAAGUUUGUUCUGGUUUUCACACCA